GGGAAAUUGCUCGUGCACAUUGCACAACGCACAUUAGCCAUAAAAAUGGCUAAAACAGUAAAACCUCAAUUCCAGUUUUAAUAGCUGUGGUUGCAGGUUUUUUAUUAAGUGGAAGUUUGGACUUUGGACUGAGAAGUGGGAAGGAACUAGGGCUUUGUUUAUACUGAGAAGUUCGUCUCGUUAGACUUCAUAGAGACUGCAUCGAACGCUACCCCUUUGUAGUCUGAUUCAUAUGCAACAGGCCUCGUUCUGUGGAAUUUUGAGGAAGAAAUGUUUUCACCAAGAGAAAUUCCUGUGGAUAGGCUGGAUCAUGAGGUAAAACAUUUCCUAUUUUGAGCUAUAUUUUAAGAGGAUUCAUCAGCUGAUACUGGGAAGGAGAAUGCGUCUGUUGUUGAUUCAUCAAUGACUGAAUCCAAACAUGACUUGGAGAAUUUCAAUGAUCCAGGAAGUUCAAACUACAAGGAGAAUGAGGAGUGCUAUCCCUGUCGGACAAAAGAGCAAAUUCAUUCUCCCAGCGGACUAGAAAAUUCUACUACAAUGAAAGAUGGAAGACCUUAUACAACUAGAUACUUCAUCAUUAAAAGUUUGAACCAUCACAAUAUCGAACUAUCAAUUGAGAAAGGAAUUUGGGCUACUCAGGUCAUGAAUGAACCAAUCUUGGAAGAAGCCUAUCAUAGCUCUGACAGAGUUAUUCUAAUAUUUAGUGUCAACAUGAGCGGUUUCUUCCAAGGGUAUGCCCAGAUGAUGUCUUCUGUUGGCUGGAGGCGAGAUUGUGUCUGGAGUAAUGCCAGUGGUGGAAGUAAUCCAUGGGGGCGCACUUUUAAAGUUAAAUGGUUGCGAUUAAAUAACUUGGCUUUUCAAAAGACUCUUCAUCUCAAGAAUCCACUAAACGACUACAAGCCUGUCAAAAUUAGCAGAGACUGCCAGGAAUUGUCUCAAGAUAUUGGUGAAGCUCUUUGUGAACUCAUUGACGAAAAGAUUGAUAUAGAUGGGAAUCUGAAAAGGAACAAUUUUGCUAGGGAUGAAUUCUUUCUAAAAAGACCUUGUUUGGAAUCUCCAGUUCCCCUUCAAGAUGAUUUUUUUCAUAUUGCACCAUUGCAUAUGGCAUGGACCAGGGCACCUUUGUCUUAUCCUUCCGUGCUCUACCAACACAUCCCAGAAGGUGAAGCAAGUAAUUUCCAUCUAACACAUGGAAGAUCUCCUAGGGGAUUUCUUCCCAAUAAUCCCCCUACCAAUUUUGAGGCAUCAAAAAGGUCACUGAAGAAAUCUUCAUCUGAUCAUGGGAAUCACAGUAACAUACCGGGGAAUCUGGAUAUGUCUUUUCAGCUGAAUAGUGGGGUUCUGUCUUCAAAAAGAAGCCAUCUUGUUGAUUCCCUAUCUGAGGAUGAUUUUCUUGAAAUGACAUAUGAAGAAUACCUGCAGACCCUUGGCAGAAGUAACAAGUCAUCACAUGGGCUGGUAGUUGGAUCAUCAAGAACCAUGCUGGAACCAUCAAGUAAAGAGGCUGAAGAUGAUCGAUACUCACACUCUCUCUCUGACAGUCGGCACUCGCAAAAGAAGACGCAUCAGCCAUCUUACAAGUAACUGUGUGGAUGUGCAAUAAGCCAGGUUAUCUUCUUGGAGUACUUUGUGGUUAAUGCGAGAUAAUAUUGAUGAAGGUCUUCCAUUUUCUACAGGGAUCAGUUUUGUAUAGAAAUAACUCCAACUGUACUAUACUUUCCCAGGAAAGAAUUCUGCCCAGGAAUGGGAACUAAAUUUGUAUAGAAAUUAAAUUUGUGC